AUGCUUAGCUGGAUGCACUGUGUGGAUCACCCUGUACAAGAGGACAAGGAGAAGGAGGUUGAGGCUAUCGAGAGUGAUCCGAUAGUACUCAUUGCCAGCGGUGGUACCCUGCUCUUUUAUGACCGCCCGCUUCAGCUCGUGUAUGUCAACGCCCCUGCUUUAUCCCAGCUCACCCCAUUAACCUUCUACUACUCUCCAGUCGUUUAUCAUACCUACCUCCAGAACCUCCCCCAGUACAUCGGCCGCACGAAGUCCGCAGACUCUGCGGAAUCCUAUGCGAUUCCGCUGGCUGUCGUUGUUAAUCGUAUUGGCGUUCUGUCUAUGGGUCCUGAGCAGGGCAAUUUCAAGGACGGCAUGGGCUCUUCGGUCCUGCAAUCCGGUGCCGCAAAGAAUAGGGGAAGGGAGGCCGUUGUUAUUGGCGCUGACAAAAUCUCUGCAGACAUAAGUCAAGAUAUCGUUUCCAAGGGUGCGGCACCAACGCUGGUGCAGCGCAACGUAAUGCAACGUGCAUCCUAUCAUUCAAGCGGAGCGGGGCCUUGGGCUUGGUCCACCCGGUAG